AUAUAAACAGUCUCAGUUAUCACAAGGCUAGCCACCAGUGGUUAACGUUAUGACAUACCUGGAUGAGCCUCCUCCUUUACGGCAUUUUUAUUGAACUUCACCCCGUGACUGGUAAACCUAAGUGACAUAUUUUUUGUGCCAUCCAGACCUCCUGUCUCCUGUGCUUGCUCUGUCACUCCCUCAGACAAACACAUGCGAUGAAGAUGGCAUCAUACAAGCGCCUAAACCCUGAAUAUGUGCAGUUUUCUAAUGCAGUGUUAUCAGAAGAACCUGGUCCUGCUCAAGAACAGGUUUCGGAGACUGAGCCAGAGGAAUCAGAGCGUCCCUUGCUUCCACAGAGGCCAUUUUGCUCUGUCACAACAGGCCUCAUUGUGCUCGGAUGCCUGUUGUUGCUCCUCUGUGGAGUCUGGCUCCUUGGCACCAUGAUCUGGCUCCGCAGACCCACCAGCCAAGAGCCGCACAGACCCCCAGCUCCUGCCCCAGCACAAACCCCAGACUCUCAAGCACAACCAACUACAGCUGCUUUCAACUCUGAGGCCUGCAGCGUCAUACCUGAGCCCUGGAGGUUUGACUGCUACCCUGAAAGAGGUGUAGUUGUGACCAAAGAGAUGUGUGAGGCGAGGAACUGCUGCUUUAUCCCGGCCUCCUCUUCCCUGCCCCCAUCAAGGAGGAAUGGUAUUCCUUGGUGUUUCUAUCCUCAGGAGUUCCCUUCCUACUCACUGGUCUCAUUGAAUGACACAUCCCUGGGACAGAAAGGACAGCUUGUCAGGGAGGUGAAGACCUACUACCCUGGAGACAUCCUUAAUCUAGAGCUGGAGAUACGCCACGAGACAGACACACGGCUACGUGUCAGGAUCACCGACCCUUCAAAUUCACGAUUUGAAGUGCCAAUUACUGUUCCUAAUGCCACCGAGAAGGCAGAAAGUCCAGCCUACACUGUAGAGUUGUCCAAAGAGCCAUUUGGCCUCAUAGUGAAGAGGAGCUCUACAGGAGCAGUGCUUCUGAACACCACGGUGGCUCCUCUGUUCUACGCGGAUCAGUUUCUCCAGUUCUCCAGCUCCCUGCCCAGCCAGUUCAUCUAUGGUCUGGGGGAGCACCGCUCGUCCUUUCUGCACGAUGUUCAGUGGAACACACUCACCAUGUGGGCCAGAGAUGUGCCCCCUAUGGAAAUGACAAACUUAUAUGGAGCCCAUCCCUUUUACCUAGCCAUGGAGGAGGGAGGGAACGCUUAUGGCUUAUUUCUCUUGAACAGCAAUGCCAUGGAUGUGGUCCUGCAGCCUGCCCCAGCCGUCACCUGGCGUACCAUUGGUGGGAUCCUCGACUUUUACAUUUUCCUGGGUCCUGAUCCUGGCUCAGUGAUUGAACAGUACCAGGAAGUUAUAGGCUUCCCAGCGAUGCCUAUCUACUGGGCUUUAGGUUACCAUCUCUGUCGCUGGGGCUAUGGCUCGAGCAAUGCCACCUGGGAGGUUGUCAAGAAGAUGAGAAAUUCUGGGACACCCCAGGAUGCCCAGUGGAAUGAUAUUGAUUACAUGAACCAUUUUAUGGACUUCACCUUUGACCCUGCAAAUUUUGCCACAUUGCCUGACCUGGUCAAAGAUCUGCACGCUCAUGACCAGCGCUAUGUCAUGAUCCUGGACCCAGGUAUCAGUAGCACACAGGCUGAGGGGUCAUACUGGCCAUAUGAUGAAGGGCUGAGGAGAGGGGUUUUCAUCAAUGACUCUGAUGGAAACACGCUUAUUGGCAAGGUGUGGCCUGGCCUGACAGCAUACCCUGACUUCUCUGAUCAUGUGACCCAUGAAUGGUGGUAUGACAACCUCAAGAGCUUCCAUGAAAAGGUGCCAUUUGAUGGACUGUGGAUUGACAUGAAUGAGCCGUCGAAUUUCCUGGAUGGAUCGACAAAAGGCUGCCCUUCAAACAGUCUUGAAAAUCCCCCUUACACACCAGGUGUCCUAGGGGGGUUGCUGAGAGGCAAAACUGUGUGCGCAUCUGCACAGCACAAGCAUUCCCUCCACUAUAACAUGCACAGCCUCUAUGGACUCAUGGAAGCUAAGGCCUCUGCAUGUGCUAUGAAGCGUAUUGUGGGGAAGAGACCUUUUGUAAUCUCCCGCUCCACCUUCCCCAGUCAUGGGAUGUACUCCGGUCACUGGCUGGGAGACAACAGGAGCCAUUGGAAAGACCUGUAUACAUCUAUAGCAGGUAUUUUGACGUUUAACAUUCUGGGUAUUCCGCUGGUGGGUGCAGACAUAUGUGGCUUUAGCGAGCAGCCACAGGAAGAAUUGUGUGUCCGCUGGACGCAGCUUGGAGCUUUCUACCCCUUCACACGCAACCACAACGCAAUAGACAUGAAGCCUCAAGAUCCAACUGCCUUCAGCUCCCUGGCAGGCACAGCCAUGAAGCAGGCUCUGCUGCUGCGCUAUUCUCUCUUCCCUCUCCUCUACACACUCUUCCAUCACGCACAUGUACAUGGACACACUGUUGCACGGCCGCUGAUGUUUGAGUUCCCCAACGAUACAAAAACAUAUGGGAUUGACAGACAGUUCCUGUGGGGUAGCGGUUUGUUGAUAACACCAGUCUUGGAUCCUGGUGUGAACUAUGUGGUUGGCUACUUCCCAGAGGGGCUGUGGUAUGACUACUACACGGGCAACUCUGUGCGCAGUAAGGGUGAAGACAUGCGGCUUCCGGCACCUCUAGAUCAAAUCAACCUACAUUUGCGUGAAGGUACAAUUACACCUACACAGACACCGAACCUUACGCUGUGGGUGAGCAGUGGUCAGCCUCUCCAUCUGGUCUCUGCCCUCUCUGAGGAUGGCUCGGCCAGUGGAGAUCUGUUCUGGGAUGAUGGAGAGAGCAUUGAUACCUAUGAGACCAACCAGUAUGCUUAUAUUGUCUUCAGUGUAUCUCAGAGUGUGAUGACAUCCCAAGUGCUGCAUAACCACGUGGAGGCCACGUUCAUCACGGUGCAGUCGGCCACCUUCUAUGGUGUGAAGCAGGCACCAGGCAAGGUGCUGGUGAACUCUCAGGAAGUGUCUUUCAUCUACAGACCCAACCAGGUCUUAACAGUUGCAGAUCUUGGUCUCAACCUCAGUAAGAACUUCACCAUCAGCUGGAUGUAAUGUGUCCAAUGUUUUCAUCAAAGACUUUGCUCCAUUUGUUCCAUUGGCUGCUGGAGUCACAUCAACAUACAUCAAGUCAGGAGAGACAGGAACAGAUAACACAGCAACACUGGAGACAGAGUGAAGAAGGCUGAAUGCUUAACCACCGUGCACUGUUGUCAUCCAAGCCCACAAACUGUGAGGACAUGUUUGUUUUUAUUUUUAGCUUCUGUAUCAUCUGAUUUUAAAAGCUAAAACACUCAGCUAGGUCUGUGCUACUGGAUUUACCACUAGAACACAAUCUGUUUUUUUUUUUUUUUUUUUUCUUCUCAAAAGAAAGACUAUGUGCAAUAAAUUAAGGGGAGGAUGAUCAGACUUCCCACAAAUAUUUAACUGCCUGGCUACAGCCUGAAUAUAGUUCAGAACAAUAGCAGUGAUAAUCAUAGUGUUGAUUUUUUUUUUUUUUUUUUUUGUAAUAUACGUGUGCUUGAUUGUUGUUUAUAGCCUAUUUUGCAGUAAUGAAUAUUACGGCAGUGUAAAGGUAGUUCCAGGUGCCUUAUAAAUCUGUUUUGCUUUUAUUUUUGUAGUGUUUCUGUAUUGCUUCCAGGCUGCUCUUUGAUGCGUUCUGUGUUGUAAGCCUGUUUUCAAUCCUGAGGACCAUAGUAAUGCUAUGCGUCAGGAGAGCUUUAAUUGCAAGACUUUCCUAGAACAAGCCAUAAAUGUUCUGGAAACCAUUUUACUGUGAAUUUCCUAAGAGCAGAUUUUCUGACACAUUUGGAAACUUAUGUCUUUCAUGCCCAAGGCUGGAUUCAAACUAGAUUUCCUGAACCAGUUGAGUAAAGUCGUGACUCAGCUACAUGUUCAAGAUGGGGAUGGUUAAUUUUGCCUGAAAUUUGAUAGUGAUGCUGUGACAGUUCAGUGUAAUGUAAGUUCUUACGAUCUUGAAAAGUCGGCAUACAGGUUUUGAAUCACAGUAUGUUAACUUGGGUGUAGAAUUUAUUUCAAGAACUCUUCCUUUCUUGUGCCCAAUCCUAACUCUGUUAAACUUAAUGAAACUUUUAAAAAGGUGUGUAACAAUAAGCACUUUUGUAAAGAUUUACAGGUCACUGCACUGUGAUGAAGUUGAAGUAUCUGAACUUAUUUUGCAAUGUUGUUGUUAAGCCCGUGUUUAAAUUUUUUUCUUUCAGAUUUAUUGUUUGAACAACAAGAAAACUAUUUGAAUUCUGCAUAGCCUUUUUUUGCUCAGCACACAUUUCUAAAGGUUAUGAUAUAUUGUAUUAGUCAUAUUUUCAGGGCGGCCACAGUCUGUGAGGAUGAGUUAAUGAUAACUUAUAAAACAAACAAAACCAUUGAUUGUUAAAAUGUGAGCUGUCUUGACCAGUGCAUGGCAACUUUACAUGUUCAAGGGGAAUAGCAUUCAUAUCAGUUAUUUUUAUAUUAUUUUUUGAAUUGCAAUUGUAUGAAAUUAUGUUUUGCUUAUUUUGGAGUACUAUUGUGAAUAUUAUAUUUUAAUAAAUGUUAAUUUGAUCUUGACUGC